GGGCAAGGGUGUAAAGAGCACUGCUGUAGAGUGGCCAGAUCAGCAAACUUCUCUCACGACCUCAUGAAAAUUCUAGAAGAACAGCGGUUUAUUGGAUAUCAUUAUAUCGCUGUACAAGACUACUCUCAGCUACUUGCUGUAGUUGUAGGGCUAGAAGAAUUCAUACAGAAACAUACACAGGUGAAGAUAAUAGUCAUUGACAGUCUUGCUUUUCCAUUUCUUCAACUAAGUGAUAUGUUGAAACGAACAGUGCUAUUAUGUAAGAUUUUACAAAUUUCCAACAGACUGGCUCUCAACUACAACUUAUCGGUGGUAGUAACAAAUCAUUUGACUACUCGGAUAAGUCCAGGUGAGAAUCAGCUGAUUCCUGCCCUAGGAGAGAGUUUAGGCCACUUGAUGACUCACAGAUUAAUGUUUGGAUUUCUACCAAAUGACGGAUAUUUUGCUGCUGUCAAUUUCAAGAGCCCUAGUUUCCAAAACGACUCAGCUGAAUUCCAGAUCACAAAAGAUGGAAUUCGAGAUGUACACUGAACUAUCAUGAAAGAUCAUCUCUGACACACUGAUGUUUAUAUAAACUUAAAUAAAAUUCAAUAUACUUUACACAA